AUGCUUCAUCAAUGGUUUUCAAUUUUAAAUUCGCUUGUCGUUGUCUUAUUUCUUUCGGGUAUAGUUGCUACUAUUCUUUUACGUAUAUUAUGUAAAGAUAAUCCGCGUUAUAGUCGAAUAGUUGGUACUGGUAGUGCAAAAGAACAAUUUGGAUGGAAACUGUAAGGAUUUAUCUAUUUCAUGUCUUUAUUUUGAUCGUGUAUUGCAUACACGUCAGUUUUUUGACAUUAUUGUUGAGGUUAUGUACUUUCUGUAUAGUGGAAUAUUUUGAAUACGAAGAUUCGUAGAUUUAUUAUCUUUCAAACUACUGACUUUUUGCACUGAUACUUCACUUAACUAUAUACUUUCGAUUCAGACUACUUAUUAUCUUUUAUAUCGAUUUUCAACAUUUAGCAAAGAACUUCUCAGAAAUAGAAACAAAAAAAUUUAAAGCUAACACUUUGUCUAUAUGUAGAUCUCAUGGUUAUUAAAAUGUUCGAAAAUCUUUUAGUAAAACGAUCAGGUAUUAAAUGUAUGUCGCAAGUAAAUAAGAAGAUCUAAUAUGAACAAUUUAAGGUAUGUUAGUCGCUGAAUACAAGUAAUAAAGAGAUAAUAUCUACAUCUUCAAAAUUACUUUCGAAUUUCAAUAAGAAAAAUGACAUCAGUUAAUGAGUAAAAUUUCGUUUCAAACUCUUUUUGUUGAAUUUUCAAGAAUCUCUUGUUUAUAAACAGCUCAUAAUCAAAAGUUCUUCAAGAUUUUGAUUAGUGAUAUGAAGAUCUAAUCAUUAAGAUAUCGAAAAUAAAUGUUCAGAUUAGUUACAGUUA